AUGAACGAUGUUUGGUGGUCGGUGGUGAAGGAUCGUCUCGUUAACGAAGAAAAGUUGAGGGUGGGGGGAGAUGGAGGUGGUUGUCGGCGAAUAGUGGUGGAGAACGGUGAUGAUGGUAGGGACAACUCCGAUCAAAAGGGUGGUGUCGGUGGGGAAGUUUCAUCGAGGUCUGAGGAAAGAAAGAUGGUGUCAGCAGUGAUGGUAGCGGACAAUGGUAGCUGUUGGUGGUUGCAGUCGGUGGUGAUGGUGGCAUCCAUUAGGGGUGGUAUAUUUCUUAGUGAUUACAAAUACAGGUUGAAAAUGGUCGUUUCACCCAGAUUCUGCACUAGGAUCACACCAACAGAUUCUUCAAUGUUAAGAACCAUUACAACAGUUUUUCUAACAAUUAGACAUUAUCAUUUCAACACGGAUCAAACCCACAAAUUCCCAAACCCAUUUCCUUCAACUCAAGGCAAUGGUCGAAACAUUGUCGCUGUUUUCUGGGACUUAGACAACAAACCUCCAAAAUCAGUAUCCCCAUUUGAUGCUGCCAUUAGGCUAAAAAAAGCAGCCGAAUCAUUAGGAAUUGUUCGAUACAAGAUAGCUUAUGCUAAUCAAAGAUCUUUCGAUUACAUCCCCCCUAAAGUUAAACUACAUAGAAAAGAUAGAAAAACAUUAAAUCAACUAGAAAACAAAGGCAUUACAAAACCUAUCGAUCCAUACAUAUGUCGUGUUUGUGGGAGAAAGUUUUACACCAACGAAAAACUUAUAAACCAUUUUAAACAAAUCCACGAACGCGAACAUGCAAAACGUGUGAGUCAAAUCGAAUCAAGUAAAGGAAGUCAAAGGGUCAAACUAGUGGGAAAGUAUUCGAUGAAAAUGGAAAAGUAUAGUAACGCUGCAAGAGAUAUUUUGACUCCAAAAGUUGGGUAUGGAUUGGGAGACGAGUUAAAGCGUGCGGGGUAUUGGGUUAGAACCGUUUCAAACAAACCACAGUCUGCUGACGUGGCGUUGAGGGAUCACAUGGUGGAUAUGAUGGAUAGGAGAAUGAUGGAGUGUUUGGUGCUUGUGUCAGAUGAUUCGGACUUUGUGGAGGUUUUGGAGGAGGCGAGGUUGAGAUGUUUGAAAACGGUGGUUGUUGGUGAUUGUAAAGGUGGGGUUCUUAAGAGGGUUUCUGAUGCGUGUUUUUCGUGGGAGGAGAUAAUUAUGGGAAAGGCUAAGAAGGAAGGGGCUUCGGUUGUGGGGAAGUGGAAAGAUGGUGACAUUUUGAAAAGGUUGGAGUGGAGAUAUAAUCAUGAAAGAGAGAGGAAAUUGUAUGAUUCGGAUGGGAGUGAUUUAGUUGGUGGGGAAGAUGAUGGAGGUAAAGUGGAUGAAAGUCGUGCUUGGUGGAAGCUUGAGUCGGAUUCAGAUGUUGCAUCUUUGUAAUUGUACGGUAUGAGUGUAUGAUCCGUGAAAUUAGUCAUUAAACUCGAUAGGUUGGUUUUUAAAGGGUUAAAUGUAAGAAAUAAUAGUGUAUUUUUGUUUAUUUGUUUAUUAUAGUAUCUUACUUUUGUUUUUCUCUAUUAUAGCAUUGUACUUAUAUUUUUUUUAUUAGGAAAUUGUAAUUCUGUGAUUAUUUUGGAUUGGUGGUCAAUUGUG